AUGGUAAAAAGUUUCAGAGCUAUAAUCGAGUCGGUUCUGGAAGAGAUCGCUCUGUGUGGCGACAGAGGUGCAUCGCCAGCUGAAGUGCUGGGCUUUAUUGAUGCCAUUUAUGCGUUACCAGAUGCCCAAGAUGUGCGUCAGACAGAACCACAGCGUCUGCCAAAGGUUGACCAUCGGCUCAAAUGCAAACUGUGGGAAUGGUUGACCAAGCACCCCGAGGUUUCCGUCGGCAAAAACUCUGAAGGGAACAGCUUAUCGCUUGAUGAAGCCCUCGUAAGGGAUCCGCAGCCAGCUGCCCCUGCUUCAGAGAUCGACCCCGCUCUCGUUGCAGCGGAAGAAUCUGGGUUGAACGAAGCCGUGGGGGAUGCCCUCCGGGUGUUUGUCUCAGAAGAACGGGCGUGGCGCGCGAUUACCGGCCAUAAGCCAGAUACGUCUCGGGUGUUUCCCUCGGAACUUGCUCUUCUCUCCAUCAUUGCGUCUCAUAAGGCGAGGGGAAUAGUCCAAAGCGACCUUGUCAAGCUCAGUGGCCAGGACAAGCGCUCUGUACCCAAGCGUACCGAUUCACUACAGCGGAAAGGCUACAUUGAAAAGAAGGCUAUUCAAUAUAAAGGGGCUAGAACCAGCUUAUGCAUUCUCCGCAAGUACGCAGUCUCCGCACCUGCUGAAAUCUUUCAAACGGUGCGCCCUGAGAGUGAGCGCGUUGGCAACCCCCGUGAAGACCUCAUGAUCGAUUUUAGUGCCUUGCUAGACAAACUGCUUCAAUGCCUAAGAGAACAGAAUGUGAUCGAGAGAAACGAUCUGAAGAAAAAGCUAGGGAUGACAGUUCUUUGGCGGUCGAAGAUUUUACGGAGAGCUAUCCGAAAACUAGAAGCCAUUGGUUGUGUCAGACGUGUUCAUGCCGUUUCACAGUACUCGGAGGUUACUCUGUCCGCCCACCCGUGUGUCAUGCUUAUCCGAGAACCUACCGAAAAAGAUAUACAGCUUUUCCAUGACGAUAGUUCCGCCGUCAUUGCAUCUUUGCAACAGGGUGAUGUUGGCAACCUAGACGAUGCCGAAGAGCAGGAUGAAGAUGAAGAUAUGGAAGAUAUGUUGACAACUGGCCCCCUUCAAUCGACCGAAGUUAAAGGUGGUAUUGUGCAAGACGUUGGCCGCAUCAUACCGGGAUGGACCCCAGAUCAAAGUUUGCCCAAUUUUAUCUUCAAUCUCGUAGAUGGAGCUGGGCCAAGGGGAAUGAACAAUCUGGAAAUUGCGGCAAAGUCUCUCGGUAACUUUUUCAGACGUCCUGUUGAAUCACUUUUAUCUCGCCUUGUGGAUUCAUGGCAGUAUACGCAACCUCUCCACCUCCGACACCUAGCUCUUAUACGGGAUACUGCUCUGCGGAGUACGACCUUCUAUUUUGUUCAGUACUCGUUUCGAAAUUUUGCGGCGCUCGUAAACGAUGGUCAAGCGUCAUGGGAGGCCGUAGGAACCGCGGUCAAGAAAAAUGCAGGUCGGCCGCCUCCUAUUGAUGCGAAGGCUGAGGUAGAUAAAUAUGGCUUUGUCAUUGAAAAAUGCCCGUCGAAUCUGUUACGGCAAGGCAAUGCUACCCUCCAAGAAUGCCUAGAGUGCGCCCGACCUAGCAACUACGCCACUACAUCCCUUGAUCCCGUGGUUGUAUAUCUUCGCGAUGGCACCUUUGGUAUCCGCCUUGGAAAACAAAUUCGGACGCAGGCAACUCCAGGGUCCACUAUUGAUGUUGGUGUGGCUGCCCUGGCAGAGACUGGAGAUAAAAUUGAACGAGCAACAAAGAGGACUGCAUCUGAUGCUGGGCUUCUCCAAGAGCUUGAAGCCACUGCUGAAUCACCUCUGGCUGCUGCGCGUACAGCGAAACGAAAGAAGAAAAUGGAGGAUCUUGAAGCAAUGUCAGAACUCGACCGGUUGACGGCCCAGGGAUACGACAAGAGCUGGACGGUGUAUAGUGCUCUAACACUUGAGAGGCCAUGUCCUGGGCUUUAUUUGACCCCAAUCGGUAAGAGAAGGGCAGUUGGGAUGAGACAAGGCCGCCCAAGGAAAAGUCGGAUCGCGAUUUUCAAGUUCCCGCGGUUGAAAGAAUUUGACUGGUUCAUCAAUGAGACACCGGCUGGACAUUCCGAAGCGCGUGAUGGCAUGGCAGUGCCUGUUGCUGAAAAUAGAUCUAUAUCUGAAGCUGGAGAGUUCCCCGCUCCAGUCACAAGGAGAGCUUUAAGAAAAUCUUCUAUUGCAGCCGAGCCGCUCAAUCAAGAGGUCUCUGAGAGUGAAGUUAGUGAUACCGUUAGCCCGGCGGACACCAGUCAAGCUGAAGAAGUGGUUGUAACGACUACACGUGUUUCUAAGAAGAGAAAACGGGCUGAAGACGAGGGCACUAUCACAGAAGAGCCGAAUAAAAUUGUGGGAGCGUUGGGAGGACGGCGGAGAGGCAAACCACCACAACGUGAGGAUUCCGGGAUACCCCCUGAGGUUCCUGUUGGUCAUGACGCUCCAACUACCUCCGUCAUAGAGGGACCACUGCGUAUGCCCAAGGUUGGCGCUGGUCCACAAUCACAACAGAAUCAAAUCCACGACGUAAGAAUGGAUCAGGAACAGUCGGUUAAUAUGAGUAGUAUUACCCGCAUUCACAGUGAAAGCAUGCCUGAAAAUGCGCUCCUGGGAUCCCAUUCCCAUCAACCAAACAAGGACGCCAUAGCCAUGGAGCCGGAACUUACCCCCGUAAGAACAAUCGACAUGAUACCCUCCGAUGGCACUAAUGCGCCGAAUCAAAGAGAAGGGAUAGAGCCAUGCGAGUCAAUAGAUGAGGACGGAAUUUCAAGGGUGGAAAGGAGUCCGCCAGCUGAUACCGCCGGCCAAGGUCGCGGCGCAUCUGUUUCCCAGACGCCUGUAGACCUCAAAUCAGUUUCUGUCACUCCCAGUACUUCGCCGACCAAAUUUAAAAGCAAGGCUAAAAGAGCAUCAACGAAAAGAGACAUUAGAGGAGGCUCAAUUGCAUUCCAGCGAAGGAAGAUUGUCAUGGAUAUAAUUGAACAGUGCGGAGGCGCUCAUCCCAUGGGCACCGAACUGUGGUAUCCUUUCACUACGGCUUGGCUCAAAACGAGAACUGAAAAGCCGGACAUGCGAACUAUCAGAAGCGCUGUUAGUGCUCUAAUCGAUGCUGGAACGCUUCGACAGCAUACCUUUAGCGGGAAAAACUCCAAAGGGCUCAUGGUGACGAAGACCAUCAUUGCUAAACCUGAAAUAGAUCCCACAGAUCCUAUCAUCCGGAAUCUACAAGGCGCACUUUUGAAAACGGACCCUCAGCUCUACCUGCAUCCGAAUGUAACCGUUGAUCCGACAUUGAAGAAGUCUCACAAGGGCCUCUCUGGCCAUGACUUGAAGCUGCCAGAAGUUGAGGACGAGGUUCGAGUCACUUUGAACUACAUUCCAGCCAGGUUCCGUCCACGGCCACCAAAACCGCGACGUCGUUUUCGAUUUGUUCAGGAUCGGCGCUUACUGAGGGCUGCGCGUCGAGAUUUUGGAGCAGGAGAAUGGCAGAAAAGGGUUCGACUACUCAAAGGCCUCCACCAUCGCCCGUCUGCAAGUCCGUUUUUGGACUCUCUUUCUAUCCCUGCGCCACAUUCGUCAGAAACCGCCCAUUUACCAGUUCUAAGACCAUGGCCUCCCAACAUGUAUCUCGAUUUGCUUUUUGGUGAGAAAUGGAAACCAACGUUACUCGUGAUGCUCAUGUCUCCUCCUCAGACGUUUAACGCGGCCACUGGGACCUUUGGGACCGGGGUCUGCUAUAUGACAAAAAAGAAGCGCGCUUAUAAACCAAAACCGGAACUACCAAAGAUAACCUCUUUACCAGACAGUUUGGAUAAUAUACUGUCUAUGUCAGGGAAACGCGUCAUGGAUAUUUACAACAUUUUGGAUCCGAUCUCAAUGAUAUUUUUCUCGCACGUGGAUAUUGUUAGGGAAUGGGAAUUGAGACAUGAAUUCCCUGACGCUCCGCUGGGCGAAGAGUUAAAAUAUGUCAAUCAUACAAUACCAGGUCCAUUUGAGAGUGCCCCGCUAGAAGGUCCGAUAGUCUUUGUUGACCGGCCCCGAGCUCGGCCACUGAAGCCAGCAGAGCGGCGUUUGACUCGACAGGCAACGGCUCGCGGCGUUCGCGCCUACACAUACAGGCGACUAUUUUUAAAUGCACUACCCAGGCAGGAUAGGGCUGACCAGACCUUUGUUCUAGUGCCGCAAAGAGCAGGCGCUGCAGGUGGUCGACGUCUUGAGCAGUUCCAGGAGCCCAUCAAGCCGUUGCAAGAAGCGGCAAAACCGAUGGAGCGGGUAUCCAAACGCGGCCGGCCCUCGAAGGAAUUCCCUGAGAUAGACCUUCGGAAGCUUAUGAUGGCUAUUGUGGUGUUACGUGUCCUGGCUGGAGGAUUAGAAGCGAGGUUGACCGAUUGGUCCCUGGUUGCUUCUAUUUUCCCAGGAUACGAUGCAAAAUCCAUUCAUGACUGUGGGAAAUCCAUAUUGUCGAGACACAGGCUCCAGAUUAUCAAAAUGCAACGAGAUUUUCAAGAGCGUUUUAUCGAGGCUUAUGAACUUGAUCUUUUACCCAGGAUUGACUAUAACAAUCUAGAAGGGUAUGAUUGGGGUGCAGUGGUCGACUGGGCUGAGCAAGAACUCGAAAAGCCUAGCCUUAGGAAGGUUCCCAGCCUCCCAGCAACCCAUGAGCAGUUCUCAAGCAUUUUUGAUGUUAGAAAGGAACCGGCGGUCGGUAUCGAUGAACUCUACCAGUAUAAUGUGCAACCUACACUUCCACGGAAACGGACUCUAUAUGCUACUAUCCCCUUCGCAGUGCCUGUCGUCCAUAAACGCCCACAAACCGUGAUGCCGUUGAAUGAAACCAAAAGAGCAGAAGCAAUACGACGCCUCGACCUUGCGAAGACCUGGGUACGUGCCAACAUAGUUACCGCCGAGGAAUCGUACAAACCUACUGAAGCUCGGCAAAUCCUCGAGCGAUUCGGUGAGGAGCUCAUCGGAGACGCAAUACAAUCUCUGAUCACGGAACGGGUUAUCUCCAUGGGUAAUCGUGGAAGGAUCACACCAGGCCGGAACUUCGAUGUUACCGAGAACUUCUUGAAUGCGUUUGGCCGAAAGCGGGCAACCGAAUCGACACAAGUAAUGCGCGCAAUCCAUUUCAAACUGAACGUUUUGGACCCGGCGAUCCAAGCGGAAGGUAAAUAUCAAGUAGCCUACGAGGCGGAGGACGGAGAUAUCAUCGUCCUGUUGAACAUGCUUUCGGAAGGACGAGUUACGUUAUGGCCCAUGAACCCGCCGCAGAACAAGUUCGGCCUCACGGAGAGAGGCUAUCUCACCCGGUUGAUGGAUAAGUCGAAGUUGUUUUUCGACAUGGAGAUUCGCCCAGUCCCGGGGCAGUACGUGCAUGGAAAUCCGCUGACUGAUAAAAUCCAGGCAACACCAGUGCCUCACACGGAUCUAAGCAAGGAUGGAUUCGGUGCCGGGUCCGUUCUUCCCAAGCUACCGCUCUGGAUUGAUGUGCAUGGAGGAUUUGUUAGGCUGCUAUGGGAGCUUGCUGUCGCGGCCAUUUUGGGACUGCUGGCCGCUCGGCCAGGAGCUGGGGUCGAAGUCAUCAAACGGACCAUGCAGCCCUAUCUUGGGGGAUGGGAGAUAGAGUUAAUCUUGCAAUGGCUGGUUACUGUGGAUGCUAUUGAGACAGUGGGAGGAAACGAGGGCGAUGGAGUGAAUAGUCCAGCAGGUUGGAUAGUAAAAGAGUGGUGGUAUCUUGCACUUGGUUGA